CGGAAACCGCCACAAGGGCAGACUGAGGGGGCAGAAGAAAGUCUGCCGGGAUGUUGAGUCAGGGACCCCGGACCCCAGCUUCAGGUUGCUACUAUCUAAAUGCCAUGACACCUGAGGGCCAGGAGAUGUAUUUGCGAUUUGAUCAGACUACGAGACGCUCUCCUUACAGGAUGAGCCGGAUUCUAGCACGCCAUCAGCUAGUGACUAAAAUUCAACAAGAAAUCGAGGCGAAGGAAGCAUGUGACUGGCUCCGCGCUGCUGGCUUCCCACAGUACGCUCAGCUAUAUGAGGAUUCGCAAUUUCCCAUCAACAUUGUGGCUGUCAAGAACGAUCAUGAUUUUCUUGAAAAGGACCUUGUAGAACCUCUUUACAGACGACUAAAUACGUUGAACAAGUGUGCCUCAAUGAAACUUGAUGUGAACUUCCAAAGGAAAAAGGGUGACGACUCCGAUGAGGAAGAUCUCUGCAUCAGCAACAAAUGGACCUUCCAAAGAACCAGCCGCCGGUGGUCUCGCGUGGACGACCUCCACACACUGUUUCCUGGAGGAGACAGAAAUGGGUCGUCGGGAGACAUUAGGAUGAAAAACACGACCAGCAGUGAAAGCGUCCUCACGGAUCUGAGCGAGCCUGAGGUCUGCUCCAUUCACAGUGAAAGCAGCGGUGGGAGCGACGGCCGCAGCCAGCCAGGUGGUCACGGCGCCGGCCGGGAGGCCUUUGAGGGCCCCGGGCAGUACUGCGCUGACGGCCCGGUCAUGCUGGACGCCACGCUGGUGGGCAACAGCCUCCUGCCAUCCCCCAAAGACGGGCUCCAGCACCCUUUGCACCCAAAGAAUGAGAAGCCCAGCCGGGCCAGAGCCAAGUCAUUCCUGAAACGCAUGGAAACGCUGCGAGGGAAAGGCGCGCAGGGAAGGCACAAGGGGCGGCCCGGGGGCCUGGUGAUCAGUGGGCCGGUGCCGCAGCAGGAGCCUGAGUCCUUCAGGGCCAUGCAGUGCGUCCAGAUCCCAAAUGGACACCUCCAGAACUCGCCCCCCGCUGCCGGCAGUGCCGGGCUUCCUGGCCCCACCAAGUGGGGUGCUGAGAGCAGCCCCUCGGAGAACAGCAGCAGCGGGGGGAGCACGCCCGGCCUGAAGGAGCGGAGGUGCCAGGAGGCCCACAAGCGCGGGGGCAUGUACCUCGAAGACCUGGACGUGCUGGCGGGGCCAGCACUGCGGGACGCGGGGGACCACCACACACACGAGUUUCACUCGCAAGAGAACUUGGUGGUACACGUCCCCAAGGACCACAAGCCAGGGACCUUCCCCAAGGCACUCUCUAUCGAAAGCCUCUCGCCAACAGACAGCAGCCAGGGGGCUAGUUGGAGGACCGGGAGUAUCUCCCUGGGCAGACAGCCUGGCCCGGGGCCCAGAGAGCCCAGGCUCGUGGGGUCCUGCCACAGGGCGAGUCGGGUCAGCAUCUACGACAACGUCCCUGGCUCCCACCUGUACGCCAGCACCGGGGACCUUCUGGACUUGGAGAAGGAUGACCUCUUCCCUCACCUGGAUGACAUCCUCCAUCACGUCAACGGGCUCCAGGAGGUGGUGGAUGACUGGUCCAGAAACAUGUUACCCGAACCACAGACACACAGUGCCGGAGAGGCUGGAUUCUCCCCCUUCCCCUCUCCCACUCAGAUCACCUUGGAUUUUGAAGGCAACUCUGUCUCUGAAGGUCGGACCACACCCAGUGACAUGGAAAGAGAUGGAGCAUCUCUUACUGAGUCAGAGGCCGCUGGGAUCAGAGAAAGGAGGGACUCAGGAGUAGGGGCCUCUCUGACCAGGCCAAACAGGCGACUCCGGUGGAACAGCUUCCAGCUCUCACACCAGCCGCAGCCAUCUACGGCAUCACCCCACAUCAGCGGACAGACAGCCGGCCAGCUGAACCUGCUCCAGCGCUUCUCGCUGCUCCGCCUCACGGCCAUCAUGGAGAAGCACUCCAUGUCCAACAAGCACGGCUGGACAUGGGCAGUUCCAAAGUUCAUGAAGAGGAUGAAAGUUCCCGAUUAUCGAGACAAGGCAGUCUUUGGCGUUCCCCUCAUCAUUCAUGUCCAGAGAACUGGGCAGCCCCUGCCACAGAGCAUCCAGCAAGCACUGAGAUAUCUACGCAGCAACUGCCUCGAUCAGGUGGGUCUUUUUCGAAAAUCAGGUGUGAAAUCUCGAAUCCAUGCCUUACGUCAAAUGAAUGAGAACUUCCCUGAGAACGUCAGCUAUGAGGACCAGUCCGCUUACGACGUAGCGGACAUGGUGAAGCAGUUCUUCCGGGACCUUCCUGAGCCUCUUUUCACCAACAAGCUCAGUGAGACCUUCCUCCACAUCUACCAGUAUGUCCCCAAGGAGCAGCGGCUGCAAGCAGUGCAGGCGGCCGUCCUGCUGCUGGCCGACGAGAGCCGGGAGGUGCUGCAGACGCUGCUGUGCUUCCUCAACGACGUGGUCCACGCGGUGGAAGAGAAUCAGAUGACACCCAUGAACCUGGCCGUGUGUCUGGCCCCCUCCCUCUUCCACCUGAAUUUACUGAAGAAAGAAAGCUCCCCCAGAGUCAUCCAGAAAAAAUAUGCCGCUGGGAAGCCAGAUCAAAAGGACCUCAGUGAGAAUCUGGCCGCAGCUCAGGGGCUGGCCCAGAUGAUCAUGGAAUGUGACAGACUUUUUGAGGUCCCGCUCGAGAUGGUGGCCCAGUCUCAUAACUCGUAUGUGGAGGCUGAGAUCCAUCCGCCAACUCUGGAAGAGCUGGGGGCCCAGCUGGAGGACAGCGGGGCCACUUUCCACUCCUACCUGGAACAUCUCGUCCAGGGCCUCCAGAAGGAAGCCAAGGAGAAGUUCAAAGGAUGGGUCACAUGUCCAAGCACAGACAGCACAGAGCUUGCUUUCAAAAAGGUGGGAGACGGGCCCCCGCUGAGGCUGUGGAAGGCUUCCGCGGAGGUGGAGGCGCCCCCCUCGGUGGUUCUGAACCGCGUGCUGAGGGAGCGCCACCUGUGGGACGAGGACUUCGUGCAGUGGAAGGUGGUGGAAACGCUGGACAAGCAGACGGAAGUCUAUCAGUAUGUGCUGAACAGCAUGGCGCCCCAUCCCUCCAGGGACUUCGUGGUUCUCAGGACCUGGAAGACUGAUUUGCCCAAAGGAAUGUGUACCCUAGUGUCCCUCUCCGUGGAACACGAGGAAGCCCAGCUCAUGGGUGGCGUGCGCGCUGUGGUGAUGGACUCUCAGUACUUGAUAGAGCCAUGUGGCUCAGGCAAGUCGCGGCUGACCCACAUCUGCAGGGUGGACCUGAGAGGUCACUCCCCAGAAUGGUACAAUAAAGCCUUUGGACAUCUGUGUGCGGCGGAAGUUGCCAGGAUUAGAAACUCUUUUCAGCCCCUCAUUGCUGAGGGUCCAGAAACUAAAAUCUGAGUUUUCCCAAGUGUGACAUCAAACUCAGGGAAGAGGAAGCGGAAGCAAACACUUGUGGGAGAGAGUGUGAGCGUGAGAAAGCAAGGAAGAGAGAGAAACUAAUUGACAAAGUUAAUGCUCAAAAGCAGAAGCACUGAGAAGUCAGAAUGUCGAAGAUGCAAGAAUUUCUGAGAACUUUCCCUAGCCUUCCUGGAGACGGCUACAUCCCUACUAAUAUAAUAUUUUUAAAAAUCAGAACAUUUAUCUAUGUUACUUAAGAUUAAAUUGAUUAUUCCUUGUGCAUUGCCUAAUUUUGCUAUUUAAAGGCUUCUAAGAAGCACUAUCAUUAACUGUAAAUAAAUGUAUGUGUAGCAUUUGUACAUAUGUGUGUAUAUCUCUGUCUUCACUGUAUAUAUGUAAAAUGUCAAUUUUAUAUAUAAUGGCGUAUUUUGAAAAGGAAUGCAUCUGAUCAGGUGAGCCCCUUCGGCACACGGUUCUUUCCAAGCCUCUCUGGGCCCUGUGUCCCCACUGCCCUGUAAGCUGAGCAGAAUCUGCUGCUAACACCAAAGUGUGAAAACAAGUUGUCUGCCCUGAUGUUUUACCAAAGAUUAGCCAACCAAAGGAAAACACAUUAAAUGGUUCUCACAUGUUGUCAGUUUGUAUCAUUCAGAACUUGAGCGUGGGGUAUUGGAUGAAUCAAGGAAAAUAAUAGUCCUCAUUAAAGCAAAGAAGUGGGUGAGUAGUCGUUACCAGAUUUAAGACUAUAUUACCAGUUGCCAUGGGGCCGGCAGAUACAGUUUCAGUGAAAUGCCAGAUGCCCGUGGACCACUGGAGUCAGCUCCAGUGACUGAAACAGAACCUGUAUUUCCCUGCUGAUUAGAGCUGAAUAUAAUAGCCUUGGCAUAUUCACAGCCAAAGGGAGCCUCUGUGUUUUGUUGAGGUUUCAUAGAUACAUUGCAUAAUGUUCUUAAAUGUCAUUCUAUUUGACCAGUGGCCUAUUUAAUGGUCACAGUUAGUUGACAUUUUCUUACCAACGUCUUGCACUGAAUUUAACUCUGGACACCAGAUAAAGGGAGAUGCUGGUCACUCAAGAGUCUUGGACCAUUACAGCUGCAGGGAGUUCUAAUAUUGCUAUGCUCUUAAGAUACUGCUCGUUAAAGUUCUGCAAUCUGAAAGACAGGGUUUCAAAAUAACAUUAAGACCAAAACUGUGUUCUUCAAUUAGCUUUAGAAAAUAUAAACAGGUUUGUUAAGUCCAUGCUUCUUCAUUAGUCAGUCAAGCUAGCUAUGCAUUUGCCCGAACCUUAUUUAUUAUUGUAUGGACUAAGCAAAUUGACUAUCCUUAACCAAUUGCUGAUGGAUUUUAAGUUGGGUUUUUUUCAUAGUAAUUCAGCAACUCUAAAGAGGAAGUUAAUUUAUUGUGUCUGAUUUCAGGGAGAGAUUGGUAUCAUAAUUUAGCAAUUGGUGUUGAAGGGGAAAAAAAAACUGAGUGUUUUCUUUUUAUAUUGUAUGUUUAUGUAAUGUUUUCUUUUAUCAGUAUUGUGCAAUUCUUUUAUUGAGAGGAAUAAAAAUGCUAUAAAUGAGUUCUGGAUGGUACAAGUAAAAUCAUACUGUCUGAAUUGUAAUCGAGGAAUUUUUUUUGUUUCCUUGCCUACCGAAGAAGGUGGCGGCAAACCCAUAGUUUUCCAUUUGCGCAAUGCUCUGUGAGCAAAACAAAUUCACAUCCUAAAUUUAACCACAUAUGCCAGAUUACAUAGACAGGAUCGUUAGUGAAUUUUAAUUUAGCUUAAUGCUGGUCCCACUCCAGAGAUGGGGCCACGUGUUUUCAGGAGGUGUGACAGGCACAUAAGGAUGAACGGUGUCCUGUCACCGAGAGCAGGGCUUUUCCAGCCUUAUCAGCACACGGAUCACCUGGAGAUCUUGUUACAAUGAGCCUCUGAUUCCCGCAGGCUCAGGCAGGCCUGAGAUUCUGGAUUCUGAACCAGCUUCAGGGCAAAGACCACACCCUGAGAAGCGGAGAUCUAGAGGACACUUAGAAUAAAACCGUUAUUUGAUUUCUGACUCCCCUUCUCUUCAAAUUACCUUUUUAUUUUUUAUGCACAUACUAAGUACACCCCUGCUGCCUACAACACAGUGCAUCUUAAAAAGAAACGAAAGAGGAGAAAGAUGCAUCAAGCUUGUUUGUCAAAUACCAUAGUAUUUUAUGCAUUGUUAUCUUGCCAAUGGAAAUAAAAUA